CAGGUGGUACAAGUAGCUAUUGUUUGUGCUGGUCAUAAUUCUACCAGAGAUGUUGUCACUCUAAUCAAAAGUAUUUUAUUUCAUCGAAAAAAUCCACUUCAUUUUCACUUUGUAUCAGAUACAGUAGCAGAGUUAAUAUUAAAAACUUUAUUUGAAACAUGGAAUGUUGCUGAAGUAAUGUACAGUUUUUAUCCAGCUGAUCAAGUUAAGCCUGAUAUAGCGUGGAUACCAAAUCAUCAUUAUUCUGGUAUAUUCGGUUUAAUGAAACUAACUUUACCUAAAUUACUGCCAAAAGAUAUGGAAAAGGUGAUAGUAUUAGAUACUGAUGUUACAUUCUCUACUGAUAUAGCUGAAUUAUGGAAAAUAUUUAGAAUUUUAAAAGAUAAACAGAAUAUGAUAGGUUUAGUUGAAAACCAAAGUGAUUGGUAUUUAGGAAAAUUAUGGAAAAACCACCGACCUUGGCCAGCUUUGGGACGUGGAUUCAAUACAGGAGUCAUAUUAUUAGAUUUAAAAGCAUUACGUGAAAUUGGCUGGAUGCAGAUGUGGAAAUUAAUAGCUGAGAAAGAAUUAAUGACAAUGUUAGCUACUUCAUUGGCUGACCAGGAUAUAUUCAAUGCUGUUAUUAAACAACAUCCAUAUUUAGUAUUAAAGCUACCAUGUCAAUGGAAUGUACAACUUAGUGAUAAUACAAGAUCAGAACAUUGUUAUAGUGAGGUAUCAGAUUUAAAGAUUAUUCAUUGGAAUUCUCCCAGAAAGAUGAAAGUCAAGAAUAAACAUGUAGAAUUUUUUAGGAAUAUGUAUUUAACAUUUUUAGAAUAUGAUGGUAAUUUAUUACGUCGAGAAUUAUUUGGUUGUGGAACAACUGGCUCCUCUAGUCAAGUAGAAGAACAGAUCAAUGCUAUAAAUGAAGAUGAUGAAUGUUAUGAUUUUAGAAGAGAGCGUGUGAUCGUACAUAGAACACAUUUAUAUUAUUUAGACUAUAACUAUACACCUUCAGAUGAUGAUGUCACUCUAGUCGCUCAGUUGAGUAUGGAUCGAGUUCAAAUGUUAGAGUUAAUAUGCCAACAUUGGGAAGGUCCUAUUAGUAUAGCAUUAUAUAUAUCUGAUGCUGAAGCUCAACAGUUUUUACGUUACGCCCUAGGGUCAGACACGUUAAUGGCACGUAAAAAUGUUGGAUAUCAUGUGGUAUAUAAAGAUGGGCAAUUUUUUCCAGUGAAUUAUUUACGUAAUGUGGCCUUAAAUCAAGUAAGAACACCCUAUGUGUAUUUAUCUGAUAUAGAUUUUCUACCUAUGUUUGGUUUAUAUGAAUACUUAAAGAAAGCAGCUCCAAUGAUGGAUCUUAAGGAACAAAAGAAGGCAUUGAUAGUUCCAGCUUUUGAAACACAAAGAUAUAGAUUAACAUAUCCUAAAUCUAAAUCUGAACUAUUAUCUAUGUUACAUAUGGGUAGUUUGUUUACAUUCAGAUUUCAUGUUUGGCCUCAAGGACAUUCUCCAACUAAUUUUGAUAAAUGGAGAACUGCAACAACACCAUAUACUGUGAAUUGGGAAGCUGAUUUUGAACCCUAUGUAGUAGUCAGAAGUGAUAUACCAAAGUAUGAUCAGAGGUUUAUGGGAUUCGGAUGGAAUAAAGUUUCACAUAUCAUGGAAUUAGAUGCUCAAGGGUAUGAGUUUGUUGUUCUUCCAAAUGCAUUUAUGAUACACAUGCCACAUGCACCUAGUUUUGAUAUUGCAAAAUUUAGAUCAAGUUCCUUAUAUAGAAGGUGUUUAAAAUCACUGAAAGGGGAAUUCCAAAGAGAUUUAUCCAAGAAAUAUGGAAUAAAAGCUUUAAAGUAUUUAUCUGUGGAAUGAAGGAACUAGAAUGUUCACUGCCAGAGAUUUUAUCUUGUGAUUUUAAAUAUUCACAAAUUAAGGAUGUGCACAAGAAAUGUCCUGAAAGUUCCAUCAUUAGAUGAAACUCUGAGAUUAAAUUAUACAUUACUGCCAUAUCUAAAUCAACAGACCAUCAGAUAUAUCUGAUAUGUGAGGUGUGAUUCUUAGUGCCAAACAGUUUAGUUUUCCAUUGAAAUGCCAACAUGAUUGGCUAAAACAGUCAAUAAAAAAGGCUGGUGCUAAAAAAAA